AUGGCCGGCAACACGAUCAAUGCGACGACUGCCAGCGAAGACCUCCAAAAGGACAAGGAAGCCAACCAAGUGCGGUUCGAGGAGGACUUGGAAUUCGUCCAGUCACUCGCAAAUCCCCAUUUCGUACAAGAAUUAACGUUGAAUGGAACACUUCGCUCGGAGACCAUGAUCAAUACUUGGAUACCUCAGUACUUUCAUCACCCUGAUUAUGCCAGAUCGUCGCUACCAACGCUUGAAAUCCUCGAUCUGCUGACAGCUCGAGCAGUUCCGAACGAUGAUGAAACAAGAGCAUGCCCGACUUCUGGCCGAAAUAUUCAUCCAGAACUGGAUCUCACUCAGCGGUCGCUUGAAUAA